CAUACAUAUGUUAAGAAACAUGUCUGACAUGUAUCGACGUAAGCUGCAUGCAUGGGUAUCUCCCUGUAAAAUGAAGAUAUUGAUCUUACUACUGACAAUCCACUCAUCAACAGAUGCUGCAACAUUGACUGGGUCGUCAGAGUACGCUCUCUCCGGGAUUGAGUUUAUCCUGACGUGUACCGUACCGGAUGAGGCAAACAGUGUCCAGCUGUACCGUCGUCCUGACGUGACUGCUUUACUAGGAAGCAUACAAGUAGCUGGCGGUCAAUGUUAUAACACUGCUACUACUACUCCCGUCAUCUGUAGCCCGGAUGUCUGCUCCUGUACUGCCACCUUGUCUAACUAUGGUACAGUGUUCCAGUGGGUCAUACAGCCACAGACAAAAGACCAUGGAUCUACGUGGUUUUGUCGUCGUUCAAACCCACGUCUACCUGAACAUGACAGGGUGGUAGAGAGCCCUGACUACACACUUAAAGUUGCAGUGCCAGUAUCUACGGUAACAAUGACAACAGCAGGACUGUACGACCCUAGUGUGAUGAUAACCGCUGGAAAUAACCGAAAUUUCUUGUGUUCCACCUCUGCCAGUCGACCUGUUGCCAAAAUUGCUUGGUUCAGGGGAGAUAAAAACAUCACGGAUCAGGCCGGUACAGCUAUUGAUCAAGACGCAAGCAACGAUAUGUAUACAAGACAGCAGAGUCUGACCAUCACAGGGAGUGUUGGUGACACUGACAGUGGACUAAAGUGUGAGGCUGUGAACAUCGAGGGAAGGAUACCAAUCAGCUCUCAAACCUCCAACAUCAUUAUACAGUGGGCGCCACAGACUGACCCGAGCCUGACCAGAGACCCAGCCAAUGAGACGCUGACAGAUGGUAUAUAUGUGACUAUGACUUGUCGUCAGGUUGGCGGCAAACCACUGGCCACACUUACAUGGUCUGGUGUGUGUAGUUUUUGGAACACACAAAUAGACAGUAGAGACAACACAACGGUCACUUCUAGUAUUCAGUUUUCUCUGAAUAAGACGUAUACUGGUCUAGUAUGUAUCUGUGUGUCCAGACAUCCGGUCAACAGCUACCAAAAGUCAGUCAAUCAGACGUUUGACGUAUUGU